AUGUUAUUAAUUUUAACAGUUUGGGUAAACCCUUUAUACCAUUGGGAAAACCCUUUAUACCAUUGGGCAAACCCGUUAUAUGUCCGCCAUCUUAAUGUCAUGAUACUGACGAAGAUGUAUUUAUGGAUCAUCCUAGUUUUAAUAGCAGCUGUGGUUGAUGCCAGAAUAUCGGUGUUGCCGAAUGCAACGUUUGGAAUUGGCGACGAAUCACUCACCAUCCUUUGUAAUGACUUAUCUGACGACGGUUUUGAUACACUAUAUAAUAUACAGCUUGAAAGAGAUUCUGUGGCACUGGGUUUCAUUGAUAUGAGUGGACUGCAUUUGAUUUCACCAAACACAUCAUCUAAAUAUGAAAUAACGGGAGAGUUUCGCGCCUCUUCACCUUCUCGGUCCUAUCUACAACUGGUUAUUGAUAAACCCAGUGCAGAAGAUCAAGGCAAUUAUACAUGUUCAUCAGUUGGUGUGCUCUCAGCGAAGAUAAUUACGGAUACCCAUCGACAAUACGUCAAAAGCGAAGUUGUGAUUGAAGCCAGAAUAUCAGUGUUUCCAAAUGAAUCAUUUGGAAUUGGCGACGAAUCACUAACCAUCCUUUGUAAUGUUUUAUCUGAAGAUGGGUUUAAUAGACUCUAUAAUAUACAGCUUGAAAGAGACACUGUGGCACUUGGUUUCAUUGAUGUGAGAGGACCAAACUUGACUUCAGCAAACACAUCCUCUAAAUAUGAAAUAACGGGAGACUUUUACGCCAGUUCACCUACUCGAUCCUAUUUACAACUGGUUAUUAAUAAACCCAGUGCAGACGAUCAGGGCACUUAUAGAUGUUCAUCCCUUGGUUUGCUUUCAACCGGGAUAACAGAUACCCAUCGCCAGAACGUCACAGUAAAAGAUAGUUCAGUCUCAACACGUACAAGCACAGUCUCAACAAGUACAGUCUCAACAAAUACAAGUACAGUCUCAACAAGUACAAGCUCAGCAAGUUCUGUCACUGGGAGUGCUGUAUUAUCCGGGUGUGUUAAACAUCAAACCUUUCAAAUCGUUACUUUGACCGUAUUCUUCAUUUUUUUACAGUAAUACCGAAUUGACUGGAUAUUUAAUACUUGUGGACACUCUUAGAAGUCAAAAUUUUUAUCCGAUGUACAUAAAACUUGAAAUCUAUGUUUAUAGCCCAAAGAUCUGGGUUUAUUUCGAUAUUCGCGGAUACCGGACCGCAACUUCCUGGAUAAUGACACCUGAUUGUACGAAAAAUCGCUUUUUUAGCUUGAGGUUCCUCUAGAGAUCAAAAUUGUACCCGAUUAAAAAAUAAAACGUUCAAAUAAAAUAAAACCAAGUACGAACAAUCCAAACCAUUAGACAAAAUUCGAAGUCGUAAAAAACAGUAUGGCAAAAUAGUGUAAUCAGCAAAUGGGCUGUUCACCGUGUUCAAAAUAUACAGCUAACAGUAGUAACAGGUCACCGUUACACCCAAAUAAAUUCGAAUUUCGUAAAAUUCGGACUGAAACUGCUUGACAAAACGGCUCUUUGUACGCAAAUAGUGCAAAAUAAUACCAAUGUUGUGGACCCUCUAGAGGUCACAUUUUUUAUCCGAUCUUGAUAAAACUUAAAAUAUAUGUUUAUAUCCCAACGAUCAUGGUUCUUGUCGACAUUCGCCUUAUCGGACCGUAACUUCCUGGAUUAUGACCCCUGAUUGUACGAGAAAUUGCUUCUUUUUUUAGCUUGUUCUCCGCCCAUCUCUUGCAAAAUAUGAGCGUAUCUUGCAUAUCAACCACUACUGAUGGAUUUAAAGUAAAGUUGUGUUGUAAAUAGAAUCUUGUUCCUCGUGAAUUGACUUGACCACCUCACUUAAAUUAAGAGAGGCAAUUGAAAGGAGUGCACGUUACAAUUCAAUAUACAACAAUAUAUAGAUCUAUCUAUCUAUUGUCCUUAUUUGUGAUUUAAUAUUAUUAUUUAUUAACUAAUACAUUUAUCACGCUCAUUGCUGAAAACAAAAGAUUAUUUGUUAAGACUUGCACGUCUCUGUUCUUUGGAACCUUACGUUAGUCUAAAAGCACUUAUUUAUGUAAUAUGAAUGUAAAUAAAGUGAAUAAUAUUCAAUGUUUAAUAAAGUUAUUGUAAUUUAUAAUCAUUGAUGUUCGGUGAAAUACGUGAACAGUCAAAAUUGAACGACAGUAAGUUGUUUUUAAAAGUUUAUGAUUACUAAUUACUUGCAUCUUUUGAGAUAUUCUGUCUUUGUUCAUUACAAAUGGCGCCAGAAACCAUAGAAUAGACGACGCGUGUACUGUUUAUAAAAUGACAUUGAAUAUUAGGAUCCCAUAUUUUCAUGGCAAGAUAACAUAUUGAAUUCUAAUUCGGUUUUGCAUUUCAAAUAUUAUGGAAAGUUUUCACUUAAGAGCUUUAGCCCCUUCAAUCCUAAUUCUAUUGAAAUGAGUUUUUAUGCAGUUAAAUGUAUUACACGUUUAUGCUUGUCUGAUUGUAUGUGAACUUUACAAAUACAUGUAGUUAACCCUGUGUUAAGCUCUAGUUCCUCCUUGUAGGUUUUACGCCUCUUAGUCAAAAUUUAUAUUAUCCAUAAUGUUUUCAUUUUUUUAUGAAAUCGUUUAAAUAUUAAAUAUUCAAGUAUUACAAAAACACCCCGACAGACAUUUCUAUUGGUGGGGUACCCCCAACAUAGUUAUGUAAUUGCCAGACCACAGCUAGACUAGAUUAGCUGAAAUCUGGACCACCUAAAACUGCUUUGGAGUUGCUCAGCACCACCACAUGAAUCAUGAAUGAGCACUUCCAGACAGUUUGUGUGAUGGGUUACCCAUAACAGACACACCCAAUAUGCCACGCCUCCGAAAUAGGAUAGGUUAGUCGAAGUCCGUGCCGCCUAAAACUGCUUGGAAGUUGAAGUCCGUACGAUCUGCAAUUUCUGGGACGUUGUUCAGCAACACCACAGGGAUCAUGAAUUACCACUGCCAGACAGUUUGUUCGGUUGGGUACCAAAGACAGACAGCCCAAAAUGCCACGUCCAGCAACAAGGCUACAACCAUUUAUAUCUUCCUUUGUACAUUAUUGAUAAAAUGUAAAUACAUGUAUCUAUAUCUGACAGGGAGCGGCGUUUAAUAUAGACCAUGCCUGUUCCCCAAUAACUGUACAAAUCUGAAUAAGAAAAUUCUUUAUAAAAAAAACUUUGUAUUGUGGUGUACCCCUGACAGAGACGUUCAAAAUGCCACAGCCUCAAACUAGGCUAGAUUAGCUAAAGUGUGUACCUCCUUACACUGCUUGGAAAUUGUUUAGCACCCCUGGGAUCACACUGCCCAUUGCUAAGGAGUUCGUGCUGGGGUUCUCCCAACAGACAUGAUGAUUCCACCUUGGGGAAAUUUAAAUAUUCAAGAUGGCCGCCCUGAAGCAUUGUCUUGUUAAUUAGUGGGGUAAAAUAUUCUUCAGUUUCACCCCCCAUAAUACUUGUCCUUUCAUAUAUAUAUAUAUAUAUAUUUAUUUAAUAUGUUUUUACAGUCAGGACCAGUUGCUCGUGACUCAUUAUACCUGCUAAUAAUUGUUUGAUCCUUUGGCUUCAUUCUUGCACUUAUCUAUACCAAUUACAGUUUAUAACCAUCUAUGUACAUUGUUUAUUUAACGGCUUGGGACAGUUGUUCAUGCUUGCUGAUUUUGCAUCCCAUUGGAGGGUUCGCACUGCUCGUGUAUAUAUAUAUAGCUAUUUUGUUUUCAUUUUAUUUAUUUGUGUUAUAUGCUUGAUAACGACUUGUGAAAUCUUGUUGAAACGUCGCAGUGAAAUAAACCACAGUAAUUGUUAUCCAUAA